CCUCCGGCGGCCGGGUCAGAGUCGAAGCGGUCCGGGGGUUGUUGCGUGCGGCGUUAGCAACCGAGGUCGCUCUUCUCCUCGAUCCUGCGACUGGGCCGAGCGCCGGGUGAGGGCUCGAGCCCCCGUUUAGCCCAGCCAUGCUGGAGGGACUGGCAGCCUGGGUGCUAAACACUUAUAUUGGCAAAUAUGUAAAUAACCUCAACACAGACCAGCUCUCCAUUGCCCUGAUGAAAGGUGCUGUUGAAUUGGAAAACCUCCCUCUGAAGAAAGAUGCCCUCAAAGAGUUAGAUUUACCUUUUGAGGUGAAAGCAGGUUUUAUUGGGAAGAUAACAUUGCAGAUCCCCUUCUAUCGGCCUCAUGUGGAACCAUGGGUAAUAUCCAUCUCAAGACUCCAUCUGAUCGGAGCACCAAUUAAACAGUCUGAUUUUGAUGAAGAGGCUGAACGUUCACAGGACAGGAAGAGAAAGUGUGAAUUGCUGAAUGCUCUGGAGGCAAAAUGGAAGAGAGACCAACAGCAGAAAGGGGAGUCUUACUGGUACUCGGUUACUGCUUCCAUAGUUACCAGAAUUGUGGAAAAUGUGGAGAUGAAUGUUCGAGAUGUUCAUUUGCGUUUUGAGGAUGAAAUCACUAACCCUGAGCAUCCAUUUGCUUUUGGGGUCUGUAUCAAGAGUGUAUCUGUGCAGAAUGCAGAAGAUGAAUUGGUAGAGAAGUCCAUAAGAAAGAAGAGACUAAAGAUUGAAGAUUUCAGUAUUUAUUGGGAUAUGGACUGUGAGUUACUGGGAGAUGUUUCUGCUUCUGAACUCCAGGACGCAAUGGAUCAUUGCCUGGAAAACAGAGAUCACAAGUAUAUACUUGAACCCGUCUGUGCUUCUGCGCUGUUAAAGAGGAAUGGAACCAAAGAAGCAUUACGUUCCCGCAGUACACCACGUGUACAGUGUGAUGUCAAGUUGAAGACAAUCCCAUUAAAACUGUCACAGAUGCAGUACCAGCAGUUGAUGACGUUCUUGAAAGAAAUGGAAAGAAAAGAAAGGCAACUUAAACUGAGAAAAUGGAGACCUAAAGUUCCUAUCAAAUCAAAUUCUCGUGAGUGGUGGAAUUUUGCCUUGAAUGCCCAUCUUGCAGAGAUUCGUGAGCAAAGGAAGCGAUUAAACUGGGCCUUUGUAUUACAACGAGCAAGGGACGCAGUGUUCUAUACAGAGAAGUAUCAUCGAAAGCUGAAAGGAAAUCUGAAUUCGUUAGAAGAAGAGGAGGAGCUAGAGCGAAUUGAGGAUGAACAGAGUUUUGAAGAGCUGAAAAUCCUGCGAGAAAUUGUAUUUGAACAGUUCAGGAAGCAAGAUAUACUAGCAGAGAAACUUCGGGAGCCUCUAUCAGAACCUGUAGCUUCUUCCUCACAGUCCAAGUCAGUGCAGGAAAAUCGUAGUGGCAUGAUCCAGUAUCUACAGUCUUGGUUCCCUGGAUGGGGUGGCUGGUACGGCUACUCUCAAAAUUCUCAGCAAAUGGAGCAGGGUGUAACUGUAGAAGGUCUCACACCUGAAGAGCAGCAGCGGUGGAAUCCAGAAGAGUCCAUAGAUGGCGAUGAGCUCUUUAAUACAAUGACAGAUACAUCAGGCAUGAACACAUUCACAAGGAGGGACCAUGUUUUUAUUAAACUGAACUUCCUGCUACAAAGUGGAACCAUCAGCUUGCUCCGACAUGAAAGGGAGAUUAGUCUUGGUGGGACAGAAACUGCUUUUGUGGAACUAGAGUUUUCAGGAGUAAAAAUUGGUGUGGAGUCCUCACCUCGCACAGAAUCUUCCUUGUUCUCUAUCCAGCUGGGAGGCUUGUUCCUGCGAGACUUGGCAACACAGGGUUCCUUAUUCCCUGUCCUAGUUUCACCCAAACCAGAAAACAAUGCUGCGAGUUUAUCACAGACAUUAGGUAUGCGCUCCACCUUGUCUGAAACAGGCAAUGUUCAUCCAGCUUUUUGUUCUCCAUGUAAGUUGCCACCAGUAUUUGAAAUGAUCUAUGAGAAAAAUCCAGCUUGCAGUAACUAUGAGAGAAGAUUGGAAGUCAGCACUCGACCCCUCAACAUCAUCUAUAACCCUCUGGUUAUCAAGAAAGUUGCUGAUUUUUUCUACAAGGGCAAAGUGCAUACCUCAGGCUUUGGUUACCAAUCGGAACUAGAGCUACGCGUGGCAGAAGCUGCUAGAAGACAAUACAAUAAGCUCAAGAUGCAAACGAAGGCGGAGAUCAGGCAAACCAUUGAUCAGCUGUUGGUGGGAGAAUUCAUUGAAAAUGAUAAACGUUGGAUGAUGAAGUUAGAUAUUUCUGCUCCUCAAGUUAUUUUUCCAGAUGAUUUCAAAUCUGCAGAUUCCUUGCUGGUAGUUGUGGAUCUGGGUCGAAUUCUGCUAACAAAUUUUCGAGAUGAGCCGAAGAGCAGAGCCAGUGUCAGACUUUCUGUCCAAGAGGAGGAACUCAGUGAUGAUGAAUACAAGACACCACUAGCCACACCACCCAACACGCCACCUCCAGAGCCCAGCUCUGAUCCUGGGAUGAAGUCCACAGAAUUCCUUGGUUUAGGAUUUACUGAGGAACAGCUGCAGCAACAUUUUAUCAACAAUAAGCUUUAUGAGAAAUACUCACUGUCCUUCAUGGACAUGCAGAUUAUGGUUGGGCGGGUCAUGGAUAACUGGAAGCAUGCUCAGGAUAGUGAAGUUGGGCCAACACAUGUUGUCGAGAAAUUUAACGUGCUGCUACAAUUGGAACGACGAUUAAUGUACACCUCUGACCCAAAUCGUCCUGGGGCCAUGCUUUGUGGCACUCUGCCUGAGCUUAAAAUACAUGUAAAUGAAGAUAAAAUCAUGGCAUUGCGCAAUUUUUUGUCCAGGGUAACUGCAUCCGAGAAUCAGCAGCUAUCAUGUGAGCAGCAGUCACUGCGGCGUGAAAAAAUCUUCAAUAAAGUGGAUAGCCGGAGCAAGCUACUGGAUUCAAAGAUGAGUCUGACACAGAGUGUGAUGUCACUUGAGCAACAUACCCGUGAGGUGCUGGUUGAGUCAAAGCUGCUCAUCGCAGAGUUCAAAAUUAAUUACAUGCAGUUAGGGGUGGAGAGUUGUGGACGUUACAUAUCUGUGCUAAAAGUUUUUGGCAUUAAUUCCAACUUCGUGAAGAGGCCUUAUGAUAGUGAGGUGGCACUGACUGUACAUGGUUUGCUGUUGGUGGAUACGGUACAGACAUAUGGCACUGACUUUGAUUUGCUGAUGGCGUCUCACAAAAACUUGAGCUUUGACAUUCCCACAGGAAGCCUUCGCGAUAGUGGAGCCCAGUCUCCAAUCUUUCCUCACCCUACUGUCACUUCACUGGUCAAUAGUGAUACCUCACAAGUUAAAAAUAAAAUCACAUUGAGCAACUCAGCAGCACUAGAUGAGCAAGUGCCUCCACCAUCUACUGCUCAGGACCAGGAUGUCCUGAUUAAACUGGAAUAUCAAUUUGUGAGCUCCAGUUGCCCUUCUAUGAAUUUGGAUAGCUCUUUGCAGGUCAUGUCUUUGCAGGUCAACAAUCUGGAUAUUAUCCUUAAUCCAGAAACUAUGGUUGAACUCAUUGGCUUUCUACAGAAGUCCUUUCCAAAGGCCAAAGAAGAUACAAGUCCAGAGUCUCCACUUACUGAUCCAGCAAUGAGUUUUGAAGAUGGAGAGUCUAUUCAGUCUACCUAUGAUCAAAAUACACAAGUGGCGGUAGAAAUCCAUCGGCUAAAUGUGCUACUUCUCCGGACUGUUAGGCUAACAAGUGGGGAGAAACUGGGAAGAAAAAUUGCUACAGCUAGUAUCAAUGGCACCAAGGUAAAUGUUUCAAUGGGCAGUCGAUUUGAAAUGAAUGGAUCUCUUGGCUGCCUUCAGUUACUGGACUUGACACAAGAUGAAAUAAAAAAUCAUUUUGUAGUAAGCAUUGGAAAUACAGAAGCAUAUGAAACAGUUAGUGACUUUGGGUUCUUUCAGUCUGUCUUCAUGAGGUCUGAAAUGGAAAUGAAUCACAGUGAAGCUCUGAGCUUUACAUUUAUUGAAAAAUCUGAGGAGGAGUUUAUGUUGAGUCUGCACAUGGCAUCAUUACAUUAUAACCAUUCACCAAAGUUUCUUAAGGAGCUUUCCUUAUCCAUGGAUGAACUUGAAGAUAACUUCCAAAAUAUGCUAAGGAGUGCAGCUUCUAAAGUCUCCACUGUCUUGGUAAACAAAACAGCUGAGUACAGUGAGAUGGUUUUACUUUUUGAAAACCCACGUAAGCCAAGGGAUAUGUUUGAACUUGGUGAUGAUGUUAAUGCUGGGAUGGAAGCUCUUGAGCAUAACCCAGUGAAAUUAAUCUUGAACAUUAAUAUUGAGUCACCUGUGGUUGCAGUCCCACGGAAGCCUGGAAGCUGUGAGCUAUUGGUUGGACACUUGGGCCGGACUUCAAUCCAGAACUUUGUAACUGGUGAAGAUGAUUCUGGGAGGGACCGACUACAAGUGGAAAUUAAAGAUAUCAAAAUGUACUCCCUCAAUAACAGCAUGCACAGUUCGAAGGCCGAUGCCAGUGAAUCUCCUCAGUCAGCUUCUGGUGCUGCUAGCACCUCCAGUCAGGAAGAAAUGCAUUUCACACGACAAAAUUUCUUUGAUUCCGUGCACAAGGGUCAAGCCUUUCAUAUCCUGAAUGACACCACAAUCCAGUUCGUUCUAGAGAAAAUCCCAGUUGACACAGAUCCAGAGUUAUCAUUUCCAGCUGUAAAUUCUUCAGAUUCCUUUGAAACCACCAAUAAAAUGAAGAUAGAAGGAAAAUUUGUCAAUCCUUUGAAGGUAACAUUAGCGAAGCAUGUUUAUGAACAGGUCCUACAGACACUGGAUAACCUGACAUACAGCGAGGACCUCAGCAAAAUCUCACAUAGUUCAACUGCUGAUGUGUCAGACAGCCAUAAUGUUCCUUCACCACUGAGAAGCCUGAAAAUCUCUGAUCUUCAACGAGAAUGGAAAGAGAGUGGACUUUUUGGCCGAGUGAGCUAUCCAUCCACACCCGUUGAUUCCUUUCCAAUUCCAGAGUCAAAAUCAUUCACUCAGAUUCAAGCUAAUUUCUGCAUCUCUGAGUUACAGAUUCAGCUGUGUGGUGAUCUCGCACUGGAAGCUCAAGGAUUGGUUAGUUUAAAGUUUAAAGACUUUGAAGUUGAAUUCAGUAAAGACCAGCCUCAUACUCUGUCUAUUCAGGUAGCUUUGCGGUCACUACUGAUGGAAGAUUUACUGGAAAAAAAUACAGGCUCUAAGUACAAGCAUUUAAUGGUGUCCAGAGGCGCACCAAAGCCUUCCAGUUUUACACAAAAGGAAUAUUUGUCCCAGUCUUGUCCUUCUAUCUCCAAUGUGGAGUAUCCUGAGAUGCCACGAUCUCUUCCAGCCCACAUGGAAGAGGCACAGAAUGUGUUCCAGUUUUACCAAAGGCCAUCCUCAACACAAAGAAAACAUAAAGAAGACAAAGAUUCAGAAUGCCUUCAGACCCCUCCACCAUCCCCAAGAUUGAAAAGCUCUAAGGCGUGCUGUACUAGAACAAACUUUGAUGAUUCAUUAGUGCAUAUUAAUAUUUUUCUUGUGGAUAAGAAACAUCCUGAAUUUUCUACACGUUACAAUAAGGUCAAUAGGAAUUUGGAUGUGGACUUCAACUGCCUGGAUGUGCUAAUUACGCUUCAGACCUGGGUAAUGAUUUUGGAUUUUUUUGGGAUUGGAUCAACAGCCACCAAUCAUGGCUUGAAACCUCCCGUAGAAGAACUUCAACCUCAGGCAAGACCUGAUGAAACAGACGUGUCAUCUGAUGCUGGCCAGGAGCCAAUAAACACAAAGUUAGAUCUGAAGGUUCACUCGCUGUCUCUGGUGUUAAAUAAGAAGACAAAUGAACUUGCCAAAGCCAAUGUGUCCAAACUGGUGGCACAUCUUGAAUUGAUAGACAGAGACUUUGCUUUGCAAGGCAGUCUUGGCAGCCUUUCGUUAAGUGAUUUGACAUCUCAUGGAGAGCUGUAUAGGGAGCGUUUCACCACCAGUGGCAAAGAGGCACUAGUGUUCAACAUUUACAAGUAUGGCCGAGCAGACCCAUUGCUGCACCGAGAUUGUGACAUGAGAGUGAGUUUCCAAAUGGCAUCGGUGCAAUAUGUGCACACUCAACGCUUCCAGGCCGAGGUGGUGGCAUUUGUACAGCACUUCACGCAACUGCAGGAUGUACUGGGGAGACAGAGGGCAGCCAUAGAGGGACAAGCGGUGCGAGAUAAGGCACAGAGGGGUUCUCGAAUCCUGCUUGACAUCGAGGCUGGUGCACCAGUUCUCCUGAUUCCAGAAAGCUCCAGAUCAAACCAGCUGAUUGUGGCAAACCUUGGUAAACUAAAAGUGAAGAACCAAUUCUUGUUUGCUAGGUCACCUGGGACAUUCUCGCUACAAAACAAGGAUUCUGAGAAUUCCAACCCGUCUGAAGAAAUAUACCAUGAGAAGACAACCGUUCCUUGUAGACCUGACAAAUUUAGCUCUGGUGCCAGCUCCUACAGUAAAGCUCACCUUAACAAACCACAUAAUGUAUCUGAAGCUGGCGCAAAAUGGAAAACGCAGGAAGGACAACGUGAACAGCCACAAAUUGUGGAGCUAAAGGAAUCCAAGGAAGAACAUAUCUGCCUGUUGGACUGCAUUGUAGUUGACCUACAAGACAUGGAUAUCUUCACUGCUGAGAGACACCCUAGGGACCGUGCUGGAAGGCCUGAGAACUGUGGAUCAGACCUUCUUUUUCCAUCUUACAUCGUCAGACAUGUUGAUGGGAAUCUGCUGAAAGAACGAUGCUGUCUAAAACUGCAAGUUGAACGGAACCUGGAUAAGGAGAUCAGCCAUACAGUCCCUGAUAUGGCUAUCCAUGGUAGUUUGUCAUCAGUUCAUUGCUCCUUGGAUCUUAGUAAAUACAAGUUAAUCCGUGGAUUAAUACAGAACAAUUUGGGAGAACCUAUUGAAGAGUUCAUGAGGCCAUUUGAUUUACAGGACCCCAGCAUACAUACAGUUCUCAGUGGAGAAGUUUAUACGAACAUCUCCUUUCUCAUCGAUAUGAUGAAUGUUAGCUUGGAGCUCCUAGAGUCAAAGGGCAAGAACACAAGCAGUACUUCACUAGCAAGAUUUGAUUUCAAAAAGUCGAAAUUACUUUACGAGAGCUUUUCAAAUGCGACCAAGUCUGUAAAUCUGGUGUCUCAUUCAAUGAUGGCUUAUGACACCCGAAGCACUGGACAAGCAAUGAACCCUAACGUCAAAGCAAAUGUAUUUCGAUGCAUUUUGGAUGCAUCAAAGAGUGGAGGCAACCAAGCCUCCCUACAAAUGGAGCUGCAUUACAGGUCGACCAGAGAUGCUUCAAGUUUCACUGUGGUUCUGAAUAACCUGAGUGUUUUUGUUAUAUUUGAUUGGUUGAUGCUUGUGCGGGAUUUUCUGCAAACUUCUGACAGCCCAAAAAAGCCAGAAAAUGUCUCACCUGCUCGUGAACGAAAAGUUGGUAGCGAAGUCUUGGUUCCCAAAACUGUGAAGUACGGAGUCAUUACAAAACGUUCUUCUGUGCCAAUGCCAAAUGAGAAGUACUUGGAAGUGAAAAUCAACGUAACUGGUACUGAAUUUGUUGUGGUUGAGGACAUGUCAUGCCAUGAUACAAAUGCAGUCAUUCUGAAGGCAACAACUGUGCUCACCUAUAAGCCACGACUUGUGGAUCGACCAUUCUCUGGUAGUCUUGGAGGAAUUGAGGUAUUUUCAUGCCGACUUGGCAAUGAGCAAGAAACUGCAUUGUCCAUUAUUGAUCCUGUCAAUGUGCAGAUAGAAUUGAUUGGAAAUCCUACCUACCAGAAGAGCUCUGGUCUGCUGGAUGCCUUUGGAAGUGAGGAUUUCCCACCAGUACUUGAGAUUCAGUUUUCUAGUCUUGGUAUCAGACUUUCAUACAAUGAUGUGCAGCUUUUCCUGGCAAUAGUCAAGUCUAUACCUAAGCAAACCACAACUGUGCCUCUUGUGCCUAAUCGUGAGUCAGUGAAUGGCAGCACCAGCUCAGUUCGUGUGACUGGCAGCUCAGCAGCAGGAUCUGGGAAAAGAGAAACAAGUAGACACGAAAUGGAUCCUGUCCUUGAGCUGCAGCUGGAUCGACUCCAAGACCUUGGCUUUAAACUGGAUGAUUGCCGUAAAGCAUUGCUGCAAUCCAAAGGUCAGCUGAAUCAAGCAGCUAUGUGGUUGUUUAAGAAUGCUGAGCCAGUGUCAGGAAGUGCAGCAACAGUCAGCAGCAGUGGCCGUGGAGCAGGUGCAACAUCACUGAUCUCUGGGAUCGAGAUGAAAGCUGAGAGCAUCUGUAUCUGUUUGAUUGAUGACUGCAUGGAUUGUGAUGUACCCCUUGCUGAACUUACCUUUUCAAGACUAUAUUUCCUCCAGAAGAUAGGAUCAAACCCAGAGGGGUCUGCUAAUUUCACUCUUUCUGGAGAUUAUUACAACCGUGAGUUGUCAGGCUGGGAACCUUUUGCUGAGCCUUGGACAACUUACCUGAGUUGGCAGCAACAAGCAGCGAGCCGUCUUCACCCGCCUCGCCUUAAGUUGGAUCUCCAGGCAAAACAGCGACUUGACAUCAACAUCACAUCUGUUCUAAUGGAGCAGUACAAAAGGACAAAAGCCUCCUGGAUUGCUGACUAUUGUAAAGAAGAAAGUGAUAAUUCUGAAACGUUUCGGUGGAGGACUGGAAUACACAUCGAUCCAUUACUUGGACACAGCAGCCCUCUUGCCUGUCUUAGAACUAGAAGCACUACCAGUCUGACAAACCUAGAGCGGCAGAUAUUUGCCAGAGCAGAAGAGAAGAUACCUAAGCGACGGCAACCAUUUGUGCCAUAUGCUCUCAGGAACCAUACAGGGUGUACCAUGUGGUUUGCAACACUUACAACCACUCCAACAAGAGUGGCCCUGUCUCAUAGUGAAAGCCCAGGGUAUAUACAUGAAGAAUCUGUGGCUGACCUUGAUGACCAGCACAAUGUCAGCCAGUGGCGUGAGGUGCUCCCAGGUGAAGAAGCACCUUUUGAGUUUGAAGCCAGGGAAAAACUAAGACACAGACACACCCAUGAGUUGAAGAUUCAUCAGCUUUUGGUGCGGGUGCAUGGGUGGGAACAAGUAAGUCCGGUGUCUGUCGAUAAAGUCGGCGUCUUCUUCCGAUGUGCAGCACCUGACCGAAACAACCAGUCUUCCAUGGUUGGAAGUCCCAUCAGCAAGACCAAUAUAAUACAUCCACAUGUAUAUUUCUCGGCACUUCCACCCGUAAGGGUGGUGUUCUCUGUGACUCUCGAAGGGAGUGCAAGGAAAGUGAUAACAGUCCGCUCAGCAUUAAUAGUAAAAAACAAAUUGGAGGUACCUAUGGAAUUGAGACUGGAUAGUCCCUCUGCUCCAGACAAACCAGUGGUGCUGCCACCUGUGCUGCCAGGUGACUCUUUAGCAAUCCCUUUACACUUAACAUCAUGGCGUCUACAAGCAAGACCAAAUGGAUUUGGGUUGUUUUUCUGUAAAGCACCCAUCCAUUGGACUAGUGUUGCAAAAACAGGUGAAGUGAACAGCAGCAAGCGAGAGUGUCAUUCGUCAGACUGUGAUGACAAUAGCUGCUUCAGGUAUUGUGUGGCAGUUAAGAAAGAGAACUACCCUGACUACCUACCCUUAAAUUUGAUGUCUGGCAAUGCUAUGCAGGUUUACCGACAACCAGGUCACACCAUCUACUUGCUGCCUACCCUUGUCUUGACAAAUCUGCUUUCCUGUGAGCUUUCCUACUAUGUUAAAGGCACUCCCAUCAGUGGGUCAUUAAAACGAGGGAAAGAUGCUGUACUACACACAGCUGACACAUCUCAGAACAUUGAACUUGGAAUUACACUUGAAAACUUCCCCAUGUGCAAGGAACUGUUAAUACCAGCAGGAACCACAAACUAUCAUGUUCGAAUGCGUCUCUAUGACACUAAAAAACGACUGUUAAACCUGAGCAUUCGGAUUGUGUGUCGGGCUGAAGGUUCUCUUAAAAUACUCAUUUCUGCACCUUACUGGCUCCUCAAUAAGACAGGACUGCCGCUCAUUUUUCGACAGGACAACACAAAGGCUGAUGCAGCAGGGCAAUUUGAGGAGCAUGAGCUUGCACGCAGUCUCAGCCCCCUUCUGUUCAGCUUUGUAGACAAAGAACAACCUAACAUGUGUACCAUGAGGAUCGGGAGGGGAAUCCAUCCGGACGCAAUACCUGGAUGGUGUCAGGAGUUCUCUCUGGAUGGAGGCAGUGGUGUCCGAGCUGUGAAAGUGAUUCAACAUGGGAAUAGACCAGGACUUAUUUAUAGUAUUGGAAUUGAUAUCCGGAAAGGGAGAGGCCGCUACAGAGAUACCAACAUUGUGACAUUUGCACCCAGAUACCUACUGGACAACAAAUCCUCUCACAAACUAGCUUUUGCCCAACGGGAGUUUGCAAGGGGCUUGGGGACACAGAAUCCAGAUGGUUACAUUUCAACUCUCCCUGGUGCCAGUGUGGUUUUCCACUGGCCAAGGAAUGAUUAUGAUCAGUUACUAUGUGUACGCCUAAUGGAUGUUUCCAACUGCAUUUGGUCAGGAGGCUUUGAGGUGAACAAGAAUAGUUCCUUCCACAUUAACAUGAGGGAUACAUUAGGGAAUUGUCACCUUCUACGGGUAGAAAUCACUCUUAAAGGAGCAACAUAUCAUAUUGCAUUUAGUAACUCUGAACAGCUGCCACCACCCUUUCGCAUUGAUAACUUUUCAGAGGUGGCUAUUAUUUUCAAUCAACAUGGUGUGGCAGAGCCAAGACUAAAGACAGAAGUAAAACCAUCAGCAUCACUGGAUUAUGCCUGGGAUGAGCCUAUUCUUCAGCCGUUAAUUACGCUAUCAGUAAAAGGGGCAGGUUCAUCUGAAAUUACCUGUGAUAUGAAUGACUUCAAAGAGUCUAAACAGCUUUAUUAUGAAAAUUUCAUCUACAUUGCUGCCGCCCAUACCUUCUCUGGGCAUGGAGAAUAUUCUGGAAGACCUGCUGCUCAAGGUUCAGAGAAGAAAAACAUUAGAUUUGCAGAAUUAGUUCUGGAUGUUGCACCCAAAACUGGAAGAGUGAUCCUAAAGAAAAAGGAACCAGGUAAACGAUCACAGCUUUGGCGCAUGACUGAAAGUGGGAUGCUAUGCCACGAGGGUUCUUCUCCACCUCAUAAUCCCAACAAACCCUCUUCUAAUAAACAACCAAAUUCUGGAUUGGUCCUUGAUAUUGCAGGCUUGAGUGCUGUCACCGACUGCAGGUUUGAACCACUGAUGGUGAGAAAGCCAGAGCGGCGUCGCAGCACCACCCAGAGCUGGUAUUUCCAAGAUGGCCGUCUGAGCUGCGGCCAACCAAGAAUGGUAGUGCAGGUAACCAGAGGCGUUUCAGGCUUGUACGAUGGAGCUGAAGUAGUACUUGGUCCAGAACCAACCUUUGGCCUCGAACCAGUUCCAGUCGAGCAACAGUUCAUAAACCAGAAAAUGAGACCUGGUUCAGGAAUUCUUUCUUUACGAGUUAUUCCUGAUGGUCCUACACGAGUGUUGCAGAUUACCGAUCAACAGCAUCGCAGAACAAAUCGUUCCCUCACAGGAACUGAGGAAUGUCCAAUAGCUGAAAUGAGUGAAAUUAGGAAGUUAAGGAAUUUGGAAGCUGAACAAGAGUUAGAGGUUUUAGUGACACUGGAUGGUGGAGUCGGUUUAUCAUUGAUCAACAAAGUCCCUGAGGAAUUGGUAUUUACUACUUUAAGAGGGAUAGAUGUUCAUUACACAAAGGUUGCCACCAGUCAGAUGCUAGAAAUCAGCAUCCAGGAUGUACAGAUUGAUAACCAACUUUUGGGAGCAACACAACCUGUGAUCCUCUCCCUAACACCCAGCACCCCUGAAAGUGAAGCAGAAACUGUUGAAUCUGGUCCUGCUGUUCAGAUCAACGCUAUGAAGAUCACAAGUAGGAGUGCACUGACUGAACUUUUCAAACACCUCAUGAUUACAGUACGGAAGUUGACAGUUCAAAUUGAAGAAAAGCUCCUGUUAAAAUUGUUGCAUUUUUUCGGCUUGGGGCAGUUGGACCAAGAUGUAGAAAAGCCAGAUGAAAAUGCUCCUGAGCAGAACAGUGAGAAAAGUGGAACAGCAAAGCGCUAUUACUUUGAAAACCUCAAACUCAGCAUGCCACAGAUCAAGAUGAGUGUAUUUACUUCUAGCAAGUUACCUGUUGAACUCAAGGCUUUGAAGAGUAUGUUGGGAAUCCGGUUGAUCCGCUUUGAGGAUGCAGUUAUUCAUUUGGAUCCAUAUACCAGAGUGCACCCUUAUGAAACACAGGAAUUUAUUAUCAAUGACAUUCUCAAACACUUCAAGGAGGAAUUGAUGAGUCAGGCAACUCGAAUACUGGGCUCGGUGGAUUUUCUCGGUAAUCCAAUGGGACUUCUGAAUGAUGUGUCCGAGGGCGUUUCAGGAUUGAUAAAGUAUGGAAAUGUUGGAGGCCUAAUACGAAAUGUCACGCAUGGAGUCUCCAAUUCAGCUGCUAAGUUUGCUGGCACUUUAUCAGAUGGAUUGGGAAAGACAAUGGACACCAGACAUCAAGCUGAGCGGGAAUCCAUUCGCUAUCAAGCUGUCACCAGUGGUGAACACCUUGUGGCUGGAAUUCAGGGACUGGCUCAUGGUAUUCUGGGUGGCUUCACAAGCGUCAUUACUUCAACAGUUGAAGGAGUGAAAACAGAUGGUGGUGUUAGUGGUUUUUUCUCAGGCCUUGGAAAGGGCCUGGUUGGUACAGUAACCAAGCCAGUGGCAGGUGCUCUUGACUUUGCAUCAGAGACAGCUCAAGCAGUGCGAGAAACCACAACUGUGAACAACCACAGAAUGCUUAACCAGAGAAUUCGAAAGCCACGUUGUUGCAUUGGUCCCCACGGUCUACUGCCCCACUACUCAGAGAAGCAAGCAGAAGGGCAGGAGCAGCUUUUCAGAGUGACUGACAACAUUCAGGCCGAAUUUUUCAUUGCAGUGGAACAGAUCGACAGGUAUUGUGUUCUCAUCUCCUCAAAGGCUGUGUAUUUUCUGAAGCACGGUGAAUAUGUUGAUAGAGAUGCCAUUUUCCUGGAAGUCAGAUAUGAUGACCUCUACCAUUGUCUUAUCACAAAGGACCAUGGAAGGGCAUAUUUACAACUGACAAAAAAGGCUGAGAGUUCAAGCAGUGGUGUGGCCAUACCUGGGCCAUCACAUCAUAAGCCAAUGGUCCACGUCAAGUCAGAGAGUCUCGCACUUAGGAUCUCGCAAGAAAUUAAUUAUGCCAAAAGCCUCUACUAUGAGCAGCAGCUCAAGCUACAAACCAACGAGAAUCAAGAAAAUCUGGAGCUGGACUCCUAGUUACCUCUCUAGUAGCUGACCACAAGCAACAAAGUACAGUAAUAAGACCACUCAAGCCUCUAUUACAGUUUAUUGGAUAAGCAUGAGUGUUAUGAACUCAUUUCCUUUGAACCUCAUUCCUGAUGCCUAUUUGAAGCCAUCAGGUGGAGAAGUAAUUACAUGCUUGAUUUUGGGGGUAGUUUAUUAUAGAAACUCUGAUAAGGAGCAGGUUCUGUUCAAAAUGUAUUUUACUUUUUAUAUACUGUAUUUACAAAACAAAAUUGUGACAGAGUUAAGAGUUCUUUAUAUUUUACUAACCUGUACAUACCUGUAAUAUUACUUUCUUGUAAAUAUUUAGAAAGAUCUCACAAGAACUGUAAUGUACAGAAGCUGCAGCAUAAUAGAGCAAAUUACUUAUUGCACUAGUUAUUCAUAAAAGUAUUUGAUUUUUCAGGGCAAUCCAAGCUCUGAAGAGUAGUCAGGGAACUUAGUUCCAAAAAGACCUCCUUGCUACUUUUGUCAGAUCCUUCCUUCUUUCCUUCCCAUCUCUUUGUAUAUGGAAACUGGCGGACAAGAAUUGUUGGACUGCGCAAGCAAUGAAUAUUGUGCGGGAACAAUAUGUUUGUGACUUGGCAUAGAAUGUGUCAUGUUUUCCAUAAUACAAUUUCAGGAUGUUAGAGUUAUGAUAAUACCUAAAAGUUUAAAACACAGUGAGGUGGCUCAAUCUUAGGUGAGGAGUGACUGAGUUAGAAAGAAAGAGCAUUGUGUGGCAGUGGCUGAAAUUUUCAUGGAAAGACUAUAAUUCUGUCUUCCUUCUCUUUCUUCAGUAGGAGUGAAAUUGAUGCCAGUUUGGUAUUGUGAUUUCACCUCAAAGAGGCAUAGAAUAGCAACAAGUGAGAUGGUAUCUGAUCGUAGAAUAUAGCUGCCUGUUGAGAAAAGCUAUUGAAUGUGUUCAGAUUCUAACUGCAACUGGAGCAAGUUUGUCACAGGGCAAGGAUCUUUGUAAUUGUUACUGCACUGAAAAUUAUUGUAAGUAUAGUUAAAGUAUGUAUGUAUGUAUGUAUGCACUGAAGUCAGCGCCUCUAGCUAGGUAUUUAGAGGUUUGUAGUAAGGGAAGAUAUAGAAAGAUUAGAGUGCAUCUACAGUACGAUUGGCCCAUAUCUUUGCACUGUUCACAUAUGUCAAAUAAGCUUUCAUUAUGUUUCCCCCCGUUAUGUCGCAAGAAAUCACUAUGUGCAAUCAGUUUAUUGAUUGGUAUCAGUGGGACAACCUGUGGUCUCUGAAAUGGAGAGGGGGGAUUUGGUGGCUUCCUGAUCAUUUGGAAUUGAAUGGCACAGCCAAAGAUGUCAGACGUGUAAGCAUCUAACGUGACAGCUCCAUUUUGCAAACUGGACAAAAGAUGGUUUCCUAUGGGGAAAAACUGACCUAGUUCAGUUUCCACAACAUGUUGCAUAGCAGAUCUCUCUGAUGGUCUUUGAGAAUUACUGACCAUUUUACUUGAUGAAAGACCUUGACUAGUUUGUUGCAGAAGUUGACUUGUUUGUUGAUCAGUUCCAUCAAGUAGAAAAGCAUUAGUAAUUGCUAUUUCUGCAUUCCUCUGAAAUACAAUCUCUGAGAUUAUUAUAUGCAUUCUUCCAGAUUGUGGGGGGCUUGGGAUAAGGUGGAGAAGACUGGUAUUUUCCUGGGAGUGAUGUGUGACAGAAUAAUUUUUUUUGCCCAAUGUGGUUGAUUUUUGUGCAAUUUUUAUUAUCAAAUAAAAUUAAUUAUUACAAAAGGAAAUGUAUGUGUAUAAUAUAUUACUCAUUUUGUGGCAUUUUAGGAUUGCCACUAAUAAUGUACUUACCAUCUUUACGGGCUUAAAUGCUGUGUGAGAAAUGCUUUUAAUUAAGUAAAUCUUUGGAAUUAGGUAAUAUAAGGAUCUGCAUACUUUUCAGGACUCAUUCUGUAUUGGUUUAUUAUUGUCACAUGUGCAAUGGAAAAACUCGUCUUGCAUAUCAUCCAUACAGAUGAACUCAUUACAACAGUACAUUGAGUUGGUACAAGGUAAAACAAUAACAGAAUGCAGAAUAAAGUUCAAAGUAAAUUAAUUAUCAAAGUACAUGUAUGUCACCAUAUACAGCACUGAAUUUUCUUGUGGGCAACCUCAAUGAAUCCAUAACAGAAUAAUAACCAUAAUGGAAUCAAUGAAAGACUGCACCAACCUGGGCGUUCAACCAGUCUGCAAAGUACAAGAAACUGCAAAUGCAAAAAGAAAGUAAUUAUAAAUAAAUAAGCAAUAAAUAUUACAAAUACAAGAUAAAGAGUUCUUGAAUUAAGUAUAGCAGCACCACCACUUCCUGAGCAGAUUAAGACCAUAAAGCCACAAGAUAUAGGAGCAGAAUUAGGCCAUUUGGCCCAUCGAGUCUGCUCCGACAUUUCUUCAUGGCUGAUUCAAAUUUCCUUUCAGCCUCAAUCUCCUGCCUUCCCUCAGUGUCCCUUCAUGCCUUGACCGAGAAUCUAUCACCCUGUGCCUUAAAUAUACAUACAGACUUGGCCUCCGUAGUUGCCUAUGACAAAGAAUUCCACAGAUUGACCACUCUGUGGCUAAAUAAAUUCCUCCUCAUCUUCCUUCUAAAAGAUGCCCCUCCAUUUAGAGUCUGUGUCCUCUGGUCCCAGACUCUCCCACCAUAUGCAACAUCAUCUCCACAUCCACUCUUUCAAGGCUUUUCACCAUUUUAUAGGUUUCAAUGAAGUCACAUCUUCUGAAUUCCAGUGAAUACAGGCCCAGAGCCAUCAAAUGUUAUUCGUUUGGCAAGCUGUUCAAUCCUGGAAUCAUCUUCACGAACCUUCUUUGAAACCUCUCCAGGUUCAGCACAUCCUUUCUAAGAAAAUGGGGCCCAAACCUGCUCACAAUACUCCAAGUGAGGUCCCAUCAGUACUUUAUAAAGUUUAAACAUUAUAUCCUUGCUUUUAUAUUCUAGUCCUCUUGAAAUGAAUACUAACAUUGCAUUUGCCUUCCUCACCACAGACUCAACCAGCAAAUUAACCUUUAGGGAACCAUGCACAAGGACUCCCGAGUCCUUUUGCCACCUCGGUUUUUUUGUAUUUUCUCUCAAUUUAGAAAAUAGUCAACAUUUUCAUUAUUUCUACCAAAGUGCAUUCCAUACACUUCCCAACACUGUAUUCCACCUGCCAUUUCUUGGCUCAUUCUCCUAACUCUGUAGCCUCUCUACUUCCUCAAAACUACCUGCCCCUCUGCAUUGCUUCAUACCAUCUGCAAACUUUGCAACAAAGCCAUCUAUUAUCCAGAUCAUUGACAGUUAAUGUAAAAAGAAUUGGUCCCAACACAAGUCUUUGUGGAACACCAUUAGUCGCCAGCAGCCAGCCAGAAUAGGCUCCCUUUAAUUCCCACUCUUUGCCUCUUGCCAAUCAGCCACUGCUUUAUCCAUGCUAGAAUCUUUCCUGUAAUAACAUGGACUCAUAGCUUGUUAAGCAGCCUCAUGUAUGGCACCUUGUCAAAGGCCUUCUGAAAAUCCAAGGACACAACAUCAACUGAUUCUGUUUUGUUUAUUCUGUUUGGUUUUUUUUUAAAUAAUUCCAACAAAUCUAUAAGACAAGAUCUUCCCUUGAAACCAUGCUGACUACAGCCUAUUUUAUCAUGAGCCUCCAAGAACCCUGAGACCUCUAAUUGACUCCAACAUCUUUCCAACCAUGGACGCCAGACUAACUGACCUAUCGUUUCCUUUCUUCUCUUCUUGAGGAGUAGAGUGGCAUUUGCAAUUUUCCAGUCUUUCGGAAUUAUUCCAGAAUCUAGCGAUUCUUGAAAGAUCAUUACUAAUACCUCCACGAUCUCUUCAACCACCUAAUUCAGAACUCUAGGGUGUACACCAUCCAGUCCAGGUGAUUUAUCUAUCUUUAGUCCUUUCAGUUUCCUUCUCUCUAGUUAUGGCAACUUCACACACUUCAUGACCCCUGACACUUGGAACUUCCACCAUACGGCUAGCAUUGUCCACAGUUCCACAGUGAUGCAAAAUACUUAUUAAGCUCAUCUGCCAUUUUGUUGUCCCGUUACUACCACUUCAGCAUUGUUUUCCAGCCACACCUCUCUUUCACACUUUAUGUGAAAAACCUUUGAUAUCUCCUUCAAUAUUAUUAGCUAGCUUACUUUCAUAUUUGAACUUUUAUCUUUUUAAUGGUUUAAGUUGCCUUCUGUUGGUUUUUAAAAGUUUCCCAAUCCUCUAACUUCCCAUCAAUUUUUGCUGUAUUAUAUGCCCUCUCUAUGACUUUUAUGUUGGCUUUUUUCCCUCUUGUUAGCCAAGGUAAGACUCCCUCCCCCACAUCGCACGCACAUUUUAACCAAUUUUUACAUGAGAACCAUCGAGAUUGUCCUGACCAGCUGCAUCACAGUCUGGUACAGGAAUUGCAAAGCAUCUGACUGCAGGUCCCUACAAUGGAUCGUGAGGACCGACGAGAGGAUCAUCGGGAUGAUCACAGAUAUUUAUCAGAAGCUCAGUACAUGCAGGGUCUUCAGCAUUGUCAGUGAUCCCUCCCAUCCGUCCAACAAUCACUUUGACUUCCUACCAUAGCAGGCAUUAGGACAAGAACUGUCAGGAUGGGUAACAGCUUCUCCCACCAGGCCAAGAGAUCCACUGAAAUCCCUACCACCACCCCGGUCUCAUCAAGCAUGAAGCACCAGUAGUGUUAUACCGAUCACUUCUUAACUCUAACACCUUUUUAUUUGCGGUAGUAUUAUUUUAUGUGUUGUAUGUGAGUUAUAUGUACUGUGUUGUGCACCUUAGUCCAGAGUAACGUCAUUUCAUUUGGUGGUAUACUUGUGUACGGUUAUAUAGCCAUACACUUAAACUUGAACUUUGAAGGGCUGGGAUUAUUUUCUGACCAUGGAAUUAAAAAUCACAAAAUUAUUGAAUUUCUGUAGAUACCUGUUUAGACUGCGCUUGUUGACUACUGUGAAUACUUCAUAUCGUAACAAGAUGAUGCAAUCAGAUCAGAACUUAAUUCUUAUCAGGAAUGAAUGAAGAGGCUGGCAUUUUAAAGAACAAAAGUUUGAGGGCUGAGCUGAUGGACUAGAAUGGGCAGAAAGUGACAAAAUAUAUGGACAAUAUUAGACUGCCAACUAUUAUAACACAUCAAUAAAAUAAUAAUGAAAUUCAGAAGAAGCUCCAUUGCCCAGCACAUGGUUAGAUUAUAUUGAGAGACGGAGCGCAGACCAAGAAGUAGAGAGAUUGGAUUGGGUAGAUUGAUUGUUGUCACCGAAGACAUUUGCAGAGAAAGGGGAGAUGAGAAUCAGUAAUAAAAAUUUUAACAAAACAGCUACAUGGAAAAACCUCCAUACCGCACUCCCGUUAGUCACUACUUAAACCUGGACUCUAUGUUAGCAGAGUAAGUAGGGGUAAACUAAUAGCAGUGAGUGCCUCGUCCAUUCUGGCCUGAGUUAUGGUGUUGUACAGUGAUGCCCUUCAGCCCAACUCAACCAUGCCGACCAAAUUGCCAAUCUGAGCUCAUCCCAUUUGCUUGCCCGCUUGCCCUCUAUCCCUCUAUGCACUUACCUGUCCAAAUGUCUAAAUGCUUGCUGCAAUGUUCUUGCAGGAUUUGCAAUAGCAAUAUAGAAGUUUGCUCAAGUAGCAUAAAUGAGAAUUGUGCAGGGCAAAAUGGAGUGUUCUGACGCUGCAGAUAGCGCACCAUAUUGUGCUACCAGUGCAGAAUCAUCACCAGGGCUGUUCGACAACGUUGAUGAUCUUAUUUGAAUGGCAAAUUCAUACCGUGCCUUGAAUUUUAGUGACACUAGAUCUGGAGAGCAUCGGAUGAAGACAGACCCCGUUUGGCUGCGACAUCUCUUACUUUCACCCAACAUUAAUUUCUUCAGCCAAGAACAACGAACCAAACAGGAUGCUGAAUGGUCAAAAGCACCUUCAGGAAAGCAAGGUCUAUAGUAGAUUCAGAAUUUGCAUAUGCGGCAUUUAAUAGUUGUAUUUCACACCAGUCCCUGUAGAUGGACGUCAGUCUACCUCGAUUAUAAUUUGCAUAAACACUGCACUCUUUUAGAGAAACUUGUUGGUCCUUUUGUUCACAAUCUAGUAUUGAGAUAAAGAUGAAGGGGAAGUUCCCAGUACAAGACAGUCUUGUGGGGAGAAACCUGUGUGUAUUAAUAAUUUGCCACAAGAAAAACAUCACUCCCGGACACAGGAUGGGUAAACUUACUAAACGAUGCCAAGUCUUCAGUAUAGAAGUUUUAAUUCAGAUUUAUGUAAUUCUCUAUUUAGUUAAUCAUGUUAUAUUAUUCACAGGUCUAAUUAAGUUUCAUAACAUAAAUAUGUUAUUUCUUGAAUAUGUCUCAUCAUGAAAAUUAUUAAGUGGCAUUGCAUUAAGUUUUAGAUGUGGAACCGUCUCUCACUGGGGAACUUUCUUGGCCACUUAGAGCAUAUUUCUGCCUGGGUUCAUGUUCUCUCCAUUAUUCAUUUUGAUUGGCAGUUUCAUGAGGUCAGGCAGGAUGACCCCUCACCAGGGGGUAGGGGUGACAGUUCAUGGCCCAUUUACCCCUGAGCACAUGUUAUACUGAAAUAACAGGAUCAGGACAAGGUUAGGCUGAGUUUGUUACACCGGUACCCAUGAUGGAUUACCCUCUUGCUUCAGCCAUACACUUAACAACUUAUUGCUAUCUGGCAGCAGAGACUCAGUGACCCCUCCGAUUCCUGAAAUAGCAUCCAACUGCUUUUUCAUCUUAAUGACAGACCAUUUCUGAAAUGAAUGCAGCUAAUUCAGUUAUGUUCCAAAUUUAGACUUCAUAGAUCCACCAUAAAACAUUGAUUCAACACACAGUUUUAGCCCUCCGUGGCCUUGCCCCUCUCUGACAUUCCCUAUCAACUUGACCCAACUAAUAUAUUUCUUCCUUUGCCUCCAACAUUCUGUGAAAUUUAUCAUCUAUUCAUUUAAUCAUCUGGUCCUAGUGCUUACUGAAUUCACUUCCUAUUCUCAGCCCUAGAAUGCAUUUCUUUGAACAAACUUUUGGUCAUCGGUUUUCUUUGUGACUAUUAGGAUGUAUUUUGUGAAACACAGUGCAGAGGUUACAGUUGUUACCCACUGUCAUUUGUUAUCCAGAGUUUAAAAUGCCACCCUUUCUGAAGUUGAACUUUUCAGACUGCACUGUUAGUGCGGAAACUAGUGAUGUUCUUCACUGUAACUCCAAUCUCAAAAUAUUCAAUUCCCCUCCUUUUUCAGACUGACAAAUUACCUAGGCUUGGAUCAGACUUCCAUUGACCUUGAGUUAGCUGGUUGAUGAGAGUGAUUCUGACUGCAGUGUAGAACACAGAUCUGCUGCCACAAGAGGGUCUGCAGAUGCUGGAAAUCUGGAACAACACACAAACUGUUGGAGGAGCAGCUUCUAUGGAGAGAAGUGGACAGCUGGGCUGGUGUGAAUCCUGAGUCUUUACCAGUCCUGAUGAACAGUCCCAACUUGAAACACUGUCUGUCCAUUUCCCUGCAUUGCCACUGUCUGACUAGUUGAGUUCUUCCAGCAUUCUGUCAACACAGUCCAGAUAUUCUUUGCAAAAUCCUCCGAAUGUAAAGCCUACACCAGUGGCCAUUAACUCAAAAGUUAACGGAUUUCUCUUUCUGCAGAUGCUGCUUGACUGGCUGAGUUACGUUUCUGUUUCAGAUUCCAAAAUCUGCAGUUUUAUUUGAUUUUUUAAAAUAAAACAGGUGAAAUAACAUCCCAUUCACCUCCAACACAAGUCUCCCAAGGCAAAGAAACAUUGAUUACUGUAAAUCUGUAUCUCAUACUGGCAAAGUCAUAGGCUGGCGAUUUGGUUAUCUUUGAUUUGGAGAGGAGUUGCUGAUGGAGUACAUUGCUUAAAUCCUGAACGAUCUAGAGCAGAGGGUCCCAACAUUUUUUUAUGCCAUGGCCCCCUUCUACUAACCAAGUGAUCUAUGGACCCCAGGUUGGGAACUCCAUAUCUAGACGGACAGUCGAGGUGACUUUAUCCACAUUGUUGAGGUUAAGUUGUUGGGGCACCUUGUCUCAUCGGGGCUAAUCAUUGGAUUAUAAGUACAUUUAUUCCUUGGCUUUUUUCAUCUCUCUGUUUUGUGGUUAUCUGCAAAAAGUAAGGAUUUAAUUCUCUGACAUUUAAUUGAACCACUGGGCUAUUGAACACUGUCCGAGAUCAGAAAGCCCAGGGAAAUUUGACUGAGUAAGAAAGUGUGUUGAAAUGUGUAUGUACUUCAUCAUGUCUGGAGUGCUUUACAACCAAUGAUGUAGAAUGGAUAUUCAGCCACUGUUUUAGUAUAGUCCCAAGUUGUUUAACACAAGUUUCCAAAAGCAGUAAUUAGCAGUUAUGUUUUUAAAGUGAUGUUGAUUGAGGGGUAAAUAUUAACCAGGAUGUCAAGGCUAAUGCUCCAACUCUACAAAAGCAGAUCAUUUCAUCUCCACCCAACAAGGCCUGAAUUAAAUGGCCUGUUUGAAACACCACAGCUCCAGUAGCAAACCUGUCCCAGGAACAUUGAUCUGGGAUUAUAAUCCUUCAUAGUGGGAUUCAGGUGAGAGCAGCUUUUAUUGAACAACGGAGUUUAUUUUAUAAGUAAAUUGAGCAAGCAAGCAAAUGCCGAUUCCUUUCCAAUGUAAGAACAAUGUGAAAUCAGUUGUUUGACUUUUGAAGUGACAGCCCUGGGCCCCCCUCUCCUUAUCAUGUCUAAGAUACCGGAGCAUUUCCCAUCCAGACCAGCAGUGUGUGGCUGAGGGUGACUUGGGCAUUCUUGGCCUGGGUUCUGUGCAGGUUAGCUCAGUGAAGAGCUCACGGUGAGGCUAGGUGCAGUCUCCACAAGUCAAUCUGUUAUUCAGCUGACCUUGUAGUGACCCUGGCCGCAAGGCUGCCCCCCUCUCACCGUCUCAUCAGGCUGCUGCUAGACGGUCAACCGCCUCCCAGUAGCCCUGCCUGAAACAGAGAGACAAGUUCACUACCAGUUCAAGGGUGGCCUCCAGUGACUGCUGGCGAUACACUUCCGACAGCCUAAUCUAACCACAGCUCAGAAGAGAACACCACAACAUAGUGCCAAUUUCUGGUGACUUAGUUCUGUUAUACGCUUGGUCGCAAUCUCUAUUUCACAGGGGUUAAUUUCUGACUAUCAAGCAACCAUUGCUUGCAUGUCAUAAACACAAGGAAAUCUGCAGAUGCUGGAAAUCCAAAACAACACACACACACAAAAUGCUGGAGGAACUCAGCAGGUCAGGCAGCGUCUAUGGAAAUGAAUAAACAGUUGUCGUUUUGGGCCGAGGUCUUUCAUCAGGACUGCUCUGAAAAAGGGUGUUGGCAUGAAACAUAGACCGUUUAUUCAUUCCCAUAGAACAGGGGUCGGCAACGUUUAUCACUGAAAGAGCCAAUAUGGACCCAUUUCCCACAGAAAAGAAAACACUGGGAGCCACAAAAUGAAAUAACACUGCAUACAACGGGGUUUUUUUUUGCCUUUAUGCUAUGUAUAAACAAACUAUAAUGUGUUGCAUUUAUGAAAUUGAUGAACUCCUGCAGAGAAAACGAAAUUACAUUUCUGCAUGCAACAAAAACAUUUUGAACUCCGAUAAAAAAGACGUUGGGUUGAAGGUUACUCCAUAGUUAGCCUACCUUGGAUCGAAGAAUUAAAAGAAAGCGCGCACUGGCGGGUGUCAGGCAUUGGCAGUGGUGACGUAUAUUAAUAGCGAUAAAAAAACACGUUGUAGCGGUGUGCUACACGCAGCGCUAAAAUAAAGACUGCAGUCAAAGGUAACUUUAUUCGAACUAAACAGCCUUGCUUUAAAGCCUCCCUCAACCCGUCCCCGUGGGCGCGGAUGCUCCAAAAGACACGUACUCACAAACCCCCGUAGGCUAUCUCCCUUAGCCAGAACGGUGGCUAAUUGUGAGCCGGUUCGGAUGUGCCAGGAAACGGUGUCUCCGCAAAGUUUUCAGAUUGUACAAGAUCACCAUAAUCUUCAAAUUUUGAAUUACAUUUCAAAAGCUAACAAACCACGGGGAGCCGCAUCACAGAGAUCAAAGAGCCGCAUGUGGCUCUGGAGCCGCAGGUUGCCGACCUCUGCCAUAGAUGCUACCAGGCCUGUUGAGUUCCUCCAGCAUUUUGUGUGUGUGGUGUUUUGUUUGCAUGUUCCAGGACUCUGCUUAAAAUAAAUCUGCAAAUAAAAUGGUUCAUGGAUGGUAUCUCGAAUUUAUGUAGCACUUUACCCACUCCAGUGCCCACUUGCAAGUCUUGGCAGGUUAUUACAUGUCAAAGAGAGAUGCAGCACAGAAACAGUCCAGUCAACCUACAAGGCCACACUGACCAUCCGUUUCAGUUUACUAAUCCUACAUAAAUCACAUUCCUAACAUCAGCACCCCUCCCCACCCCCCAGGUUCUACCACUCACUUACACUUUAGGGGGCACUUAACCUACCACUUCACAGAUGGGAGGACACUAGAACAUCCGGGCAUGCAAAAACUGCCCCCAGAAAGCACUCAACGUUAGGGUUGAACCUUGGUCUCUGGUAGCUGCGGCCUCUCAUUAGGCCUUUGAAGUCUCUGUUGCAGGAUUCAGGUUUUAGUGGCUGUUUUGCAGAAGCAACAGGCUGUAAAUAGCUGGCAGCGAGUUGAGAAAGUUGAAGACAGGAAUUGCAGAGUUUAGGGUCUGGCCUGCUAGCGAAGCAUGCUUAGCGAUUGGAACUGGGUUGUGCUGGACAAAGGAAUUGGAGGAAAUGUGAGAAGCUGCAAAGGUGUUUGUCUGCAGCAGGUAACGGGGAGGAAGGUUGCCAUGGGAGGACUUAAAAACACGGAUGAAAAUGUUAACGCGAGGGCAAUGCCAGUGUGAAAACCCAGCAGUCCAGGGGGUAAUGGACGAACAGAACCUUUUCCAGCUUACAGGGGAAGCAACGGAGUUGGCAAUGAGGCGGGGAUCUGGCCAGGAAGAACACUGGACCGAUGAGAUGGUGAAAGGCACGCAUGAGAGAAAACAAAUCCAUUUUAAUUUCAAAGCCUUCCCUUGUCGAACAAAU